UUUGUGCAUGUGCAAUCACCAAGGACGGCUGGCAGCUUCGAAUCAUAUGAGAAUGCCUUCGAUUACACUACAGAGAGAGCGUGAACGGUUGCACUGCUCAUUGCCAAAUUAUCUGAAAAAGGGAGACAGAAUCAGCAGGCCUCCUGACCGAUACAGUGACGACAAGUAUCCCCCCAGCAAGAGAAAUGCUAAGAAGAAGAGAAGGAAUGAAAACUUACAACAAGCAACAAAAAGAUUUAAUGGACAAACCAGUGAGGCUAGCAAUCACUAUGCUGCACCUAUGGGUGUCAAUUAUGGAAAUCAAGCUAGUGGCUCAUCCAUGACCGACUUUCCUUUCUCAUCGUUCCCGCUGGAAUUCGUACAGAAUACAACAAACCCACGUCAACAUGGAAAUGAGGCUGAAGAUGGACGGGAAAAUAUCGAUGUGUUGAUCCGAAAUCGAAGAGAAACAAGGGAGUUGCCAGCAGAUUCUCAGAACGUGUUGAACAAUGAUCCCCUGUGGUCAUCGUAUAUGCAGCAAAAUAAUAAUCCCGGAGUCGCAGACACGGUUAAUUCAGCGCUUCUCAACUCUUAUGCCCAACAGAUGAAUGCACUGCUCCAAAACUCCGGGUUGCCUCAAAACAUACCACCUUUUUUCAAUCCUUACAUGAACUGGAACAGUAUCGCAGGAUAUAAUGUAGCCGCACCCCCUCAAGAGGAGUGUCCGGAAUGUAUGAAAGAGAAACUUGCACAAAUGGCACAAUGCAUAUUUGAAGGUCUCUUGCAAGCUAUGUCAAACAAGAUGCGAGCACCAUCAUCUCAGCAGCACUUUCAGCUACAAUACCUGCUUAUACGAAUAAAGCGCCGUAGUCACGGCUACACACUACCUUCACAAACCUACAUUGCUUAACUAGUAAGUUCUACGCAGUACCAUCAUUUGUGCGGAAAGCUCAUUUCGCUAACUGUGCCCUGCACAGGACUUGGUGUUUUCGCGAAGAGCAGAUGUCGUAAAUCCUGUUUAGUUCAAAUUUAUAUGUCCUGCCAGUCUCUUUCGGCUUUUUCGCUUUACACUGAAAAUUAUUAAUAUGUCAAGUACAAAGCUCUUUGUUUUAUUCUGUGC